AUGAAGUAUGCAGCUGAGGUCUUAAAACGAUUUGAGAUAGAAAAUUACAAUGCUACAUGUAAUCCAAUUAUUCCAGGUCAAAAGAUUGGCAAAGAUGAAAAUGGCAUAGAAGUGGAUGCAACUUUGUACAAACAAAUAGUGGGAAAUCUGAUGUAUCUCACAACCACUUGUCCUGAUCUCAUGUUUGUUGUGAGUCUAAUUAGUCAUUUUAUGGCAUCUCCUACACAAUGUCGCUUUGUAGUAGCAAAAAGGGUCUUAAGGUAUUUGAAAAGUACUAUGAAUUAUGGUGUGUUCUACAUGAAGGGAGGAGUUAGUGAUUUGGUUGGUUUUAGUGAUAGUGACUAUGCAUGUGACAUGAAAGAUAGCAAGAUUACUUUAGGUGCCUACGUGUUUAUGAUGAGUGGUGGAGCAAUAGCUUGGUCAUCUCGAAAGCAGUCUAUAGUCACUUUAUUGACUAUAGAUGCAGAGUUUGUUGAUGUUGUAGCGUGUGCGUGCCAAGCCAUUUGGAUGAGGAGGAUACUCAAAGAGAUUGGUUAUUCACAAACAGAAGGAACAAAGCUAAUGUGUGAUAAUGCUUCAACUAUUAAGCUGUCCAACAAUCUAGUUUUAUAUGGUGGCUCCAAACACAUAAGAUACUUGUAA